UUUUGCACAGAGUAAAGAUUUGAAUUUUGCUUUGAUGACUUUGCCUGUAAAGUAGUGUACUACAUUAAAUAGAUGUCUACCGAAGACGUGUCGAAAACGAUGGCAUUCUUGUUCCUGAAAGUAGGUUGUUGAUGUCCUUAACGUCCACAGCAUCAGACGAAGAUCAACCAAUGGUAUUUGUCCCAGGUGUGAGCAGGAAACCUGGCCUAAGACUAGGCUCAGGGUGCACUGAAGAGGGGAAGAGCAAAGUACAGAUGGGGUUAGGCCAUGAGAGAGGAACCAGGAGGGGGCAAAGCCAGCAGUCGUCCCGUUCUGCCCUCUCCUCUGUGGGGAAGUCAUCAACAAAAACAACCCCCUCUACAAGACCUGAUUCAGCUAAAGCCAGGUCUCCAGCUCCAACCCACAGACCUCCUGAGGAUCCACUUGGCUCACCACAAACGGCCCCUGUUAAGACCAAGCCCUCGCUGAAGGACCUCUGUCCAGAAGACAAGCGGCGUAUCGCCAGUCUCAUCCAGGAGUUGGCCAGAGUGAGUGAGGAGAAGGAGGAGUCUGUACAGAAGUUGAAAGAUGAGCACGAGACGUUUGAGAGGAAGAUCCUGGAACUGGAGCAGCAGAACCAGCACAUCGUGCACGAAAGGGAAGGCCUGCGGCAGCAGUACAGAGAGUGUCAGGAGCUGCUGUCUCUCUACCAGCAGUACCUCACCCAACAGCAGGACAAACUCAACCAGUCCAUCGCCGAGCUCAACCAGGCCCGCUCCCACACCAAGGCCUCCAGAAGCGAGAGGUCGACCCAUCGGUCUCGCUCGGCGAAGGCCGGGACGCUGGAAGGUUCCUAUCUGGACCUCCCCUCCCCUAGGGACACACCCAGUACCGGCGCUCCUGCUGCUGCUGUCCCCAUGGCCCACGCCCGCUCCCUGCUGGCCAAUCACGGCCGCUGCCCCCCAGCCACCCCCACGGCCCCCCUCUCCUCCACGGGGUCCUCCGUGAGCGACCGCAAGCCCAGAUCGGCCGCUCGUCCCAGGAGAGAGCACUGUUCCUGCUCCCAUGCCCAACCAGGGCCAGUAGCCAGCGCGCCCCAGGGGCCAGACAGGGGAGCAGAGGAGGGAGAGCAGCGGGGAGGUGAGGUGGCGGGUGGUUCGGCGGCGCCUCCUCCUGGCUGGGAGGACUGGGAGGAGCGUCGCAGGCGUCUGGUGGAGCAGAAGAGGCAGCUGGAGGAGGAGAGGGAGCGGCUGCAGCAGAGGCUGGCCCUGCAGGAGGACAGGCUGAGCCAGCAGCUCCAGGAGACACGCCUGCUGAAUGACGGGCUCCAGCAGACAGACACAGCCGGGUUGGAGAAGCAUCUUCCAAAUGGCGGCUUGCUGAACCAGCCGCCUCUGGUCAAUGGCUAUGGACACACACACAGUGAUGAGAGGGGGAAUGCAUCCCAUCUUGCAGUCGCUGCUGAAGUUCUUCUGGCUGGGGACACAAACACAGUACCUCCCAAACACAUGUUCUCACAAGAGCCCCCACUCCUGACCAAAAAGGACAUGGCCACCUCUCCUGCUGUCCCUCAGAGCACCCUCCUCAUGCCCUCUUCUGCCCCCACCAUGCCCUCCUGCCUCCCCUGCACCCCACGCCAGCCCCGCCGUGCCAGUCCCAACUCGUCCCUGAUCGAACUGCUGGAGAUCUUCAGCCCCGUCUCCCUGAUGGAGGUUCCCGGCCCGCGGGGCCCCGCCCGCGCCCUCCGGCCCCAGCGCCACGGCCUCCUCACCCCGGCCGCACGCUCCUGUCUGCCCCCCCAGGACCCAGAGGAGAGCCAGAUUCUGGAGGACAUCUUCUUCAUCUGCUGAGCAUCGUACUGCACACACACACACACACACACACACACAUGCAAAUACAUGCUAACAGACAUGCACGCAUAAACAGAAAGCCCCAGCGGAAGGACCGUGUCUUCAACUGUAAUAGUUGUAAUAGCAGCCGCUGUCAGUAGCUUUGACUUGAUUUGGUCAUGAAGGGGCCAUCUGUGCCAAUGCCGGGGUGGUGAACCAUAUGUAGAUUAGAGGAAGGAUGGAUGGAGGGAGGGAGGGAGGGAGGGAGGGGGGGAGAGUGAACAUGGAUAGAGGGAGAAGGAGAACAAAAGGGAAAGAGAAGAAGAGAUAAGGCACAGACUGACAGGCAGGGGAAUUCUAGGAAGUUGAUCUGAGAUGGUUGUGUUGCCUUAUCUGGUGCUGACUUGGGGCUGGCUGAUGAUUUGGCUGUCCAAAGUGUGUGUGUGUGUGUGUGUGUGUGUGUGUGUGUGUGUAUGCUGCCUUUCAGGGUAACUCCUCAGUUACUCGGUUUAAUAUGAAUGAAGAGGAAUUAACAAAGUGACCAUUAGUAGCAGGAAAAUCUCUCUCAAGCACAGUCACACAUACACACACACACACAUGUCACGUGUUGUUCUUACUACUACAUUUCCAAAUGCCUUUUUGCAGUGUCUUUUCUUGAUGACUCAUACCCAAAUCAUGGUGUGGCUGAUGUUUUAUUUUUAAUACCUUUUUUACUUGUGUGUUUUUUUUAAUGUUAACAUAAUAAAAAUGUAUUUAUAUAAGCCC